AUGAAUCAAUAUGAUGAAUUCAAUGGAGGUGAUGAACAAGAUGAAGAAAGAAGAUCCUAUCAACAAUAUGAAAUCAAAGAAGCAAUAGUUUUCCUUAUUGAAAUAACUCCUGAAUUAUUAAUGCCCCAGGCAGAUCUUAAUUCCCAUUCCCAAUUAUUUGAAAUCUUAUCGAGUAUAAAUGAUUUAAUGUCAGAAUUAAUAAUCACAAUGAGAAAUACUGGAAUUGGGAUUUAUUUCUAUAAUUGUUCUUCAUCUCCUGUUUUAAAACUGAUGAAAUUACCAAAUGGAUUUCAUAAAUUAUUUAGAUUAAAUGUAUUAAAUCUUCAAAAUAUGAAAACUUUAAAUGAUUUAAUUCAAGAUCAUAAUCUUCAACUUAAACCAUUGGAAUCUUCAUUCAAAUAUCAACCAAUGGAGGAUGAGAAUCAUUUAUCAGUGGUUUUAAAUCGAAUUAUUGAUGAAAUGUCAGCUAAACCACAAUUCAAUAGGAAGAAAUUGGUUUGGAUUACAAAUAAUGAUAAACCAUAUACUAAAACUUCAACCAAGGAGAAUUUAUGGAGAAUAAUCAAUGAUUAUUAUAAUUAUAAUUUCUUUAUUGAACCGUUUUUCCUUUCUUCACCUACAAAACCGUUUGAUUUUGAACAAUAUAAAGACGUGUUUUUGAAUACAAGUUUCUUAAAGAAAAGUCAGGAAAGACAAAGUCAAGAAAAUGAUGAUGAUGACCACGAACGUUCUGGUGGAUUCACGAAAGAUUCUCCGAUAUUCAAGAAAUCAAUGCUUGCUAACCAAAUUCGAAAAAGUAUAUUUAGAAUAAAAGAAGUUAGAAGAAUGUUAUUCCUGUGUAAUCUAAUCCUAAGUGAUAAUGGAACCAUUGGAGGUGGGUUAGGUUGUACCGUUAAAGGAUAUACCCUCUAUUCUCAUGAGAAAUACAAAAAGGAUCUAUUGCUAUAUACUCGAGAAGAAACAAUCAAAAAAGUAUUCUUGGACUCAACCAUGAUAAAAUCCGGUACUGGUGAACAAAUUCAAUUAAAACCAAAUAAAGAGAAAUCAGUUGCUCAAAGAAAAGAAGAAGCUGGAAUUCGUAAAGGGUAUGAGAUUGGUGGUGGUCAAGAUAUUAUCUUCUUGAAUAGUGAACAGUUGAAUUUCAUAACUAAUUAUGCAUUUGAUCAUAGAUUAGAAGAGUUUGAAGAUGCUGACGAAUUCACGGAAAUAAAGGAAGAAGAUGACGAAGAAUCAGAAAAAGUUUUAUAUUCAGAACCGCCAUAUUUGAAAUUACUCGGAUUUAGAGAUCUCGAAAACUUCAGUCCGGUCUAUUGUUGUGGCCCACCAGUCUUUGUCACCGCUGAUUUGAAUAAUGGAAUGAAGACAACUUCAAUAAAAGGAGGCUUUACCAAUUCUUUAGAAACUUUGGCAUCAUUAUAUCGUUCCUGUCUAAAAUUAAAACAAUAUGGUAUUGUAUUUGGGUGUACCAAACGUAAUGCUCGUCCCCAUCUUUAUGCAUUAUAUCCUACCCAAACUAUAAAAUCAUCCAGAAAUAUCCCCGAUGAACAAGACUUCCCUCAAGGGUUUUUAUUAAUCAAAUUACCCUGGGUUGAAGAUAUAAGAUCAUUACCUGAAGAUUUCAUCACUGACGUAGACUAUCAAACCACUGAUUUAAACAAAGCUUAUGAUGAUGAAUUAGUCCAAGAUUUCAAGAUAUUAUUCCAACCAUAUACAAUGCAAUAUUAUAAUCCAAAAGAUUUCCCCAAUCCUUCAUUAAAUUAUUUCUAUAAGGUUAUCAAAUAUGAAAUCCUUCAAAUGGAAUUAAAACCCCUGGAAAGAACACUAUUAAAAAAUGAUAUCACCAUGCAAAAAUUAGCCCAAUUGAAACAAAGAAUAGAUCAUAAUGAUACUUCUCAAUCAAUAAUUCGAAAAAUUAAUCUUCGUUUAAAUGAAUUAGAAGAUAGUUUACCAAAACGGAAAAUCCCCGACUCGGUAUCCAGAUCAACCAAGAGACCAACAACUAAGAAACUUCCCGAGAUUGAUGAGGAGGCGGUUUUGGUGAAAUGGAAACAAGGGACUUUGAAUGAAUUUACAAUGGAUCAAUUGAAGGGGUUCCAGAAGAGAUAUCCUCAGAUUAAGAUGGGAAGUAGAAAAGCAGAAAUGGUGGAGAAUGUGACCAAGUUCUUAGAUUCUAGAGAGAAGAGGUAA